GUUCGAUCUACCUACCCCAUUCAGGCCACUCAUUGUCGGUCAAGCUUCGGACCCGGAUACGCAAUCCCCAACAAAACCGACCAACGCAACAGCCCAGCAGCUGGAGAGGUAGCAGACGCGAACCCUGAUCCACGCGCCCACGUCUCGCACGACAAACCGGACCGCACUGCGAGCCCGGUCACACAGGGACGGCGGGACUGGAUUGGAGGUGCACAACUGAGCAGCCUGGCAUGAUGCCGGCGCACACUCCUCCGUCCCCGAACCACCAUCCAAACAAGCGCCCGCGCCAAUCGUCCCCGGAACGAGAGUCUCCGGCUUCGGUUCCGUCCGGGGAAGCCCCGUCCCCCGCUAACGAGCUUCUGAAUGACGGGUCUGGCGCCGCUCAUGGAGGCCAGGGAGGCGGGUCGACGGGGGGCAAGGCCGGACAAAGCAGCAGCUUCCGCAACGUGAGCGCUUGUAAUCGAUGUAGGCUUCGCAAGAAUCGCUGUGACCAGAAGCUACCGAGUUGUGCCAGUUGCGAAAAGGCCAAUGUUGCCUGCGUUGGCUAUGAUCCCAUCACCAAGAGGGAGAUCCCGAGGAGUUACAUCUUUUACCUCGAGAAACGAGUAGAGCAACUGGAAAAUCUGCUCAAGGACAACAACAUCACUUACCCGCCGGCCGAAAAUUUGGACUAUUGUUCCAAGAAGGGAGAUAGGCCGCGCCAUGCCCACUCGACCCAUGUGGACACGAGCGGGCAUCCCUCACAACUAGAAACACCAGAUACCACCAACAAUCAAAGGCCGCAGAAUGAGGGAGAUGAUGUGGUCAGACUACAGAAACUGGUGUCCAAGUCCGACCUUGCUGGCGUAUCUGCAACGGCAAACCCUCGCUAUCUGGGAUCUACCUCGGGCAUAUCGUUUGCACGCGUUGUUUUCGCCGCGGUACAGUCGUCGGUAUCGGACCAGAAGUCCACCUCAGAGAAAGCUGGCAUCCGACCCUACAAGCCUGCUCCCAACAAUGGCCCCGCCACCGCCGGAACGUCUAUGAGAGACUCCUUCUUUGGCUUGCAUACAAAACCAACGAUCCACCCGGCAACAUUCCCCAGCAGGGCAUUGGGCGAAAAGCUGGUCUCGCUCUAUUUUGAGCAUGCGAACCCCCAGAUUCCUGUGCUCCACAAGGGCGAGUUCAUGGUGAUGUUCGAGCAAGCUUACGCCGAAAAAAACCGCGUACGGGGGCCACGAGAACUCUACAUGUUGAACAUGGUCUUCGCGAUAGGCGGCGGCAUCAUUGUGGGAGAAUCGACCAAGGCCAGUGGAUCGGCAGAAGCGCCAGGUAAAACUGAUGACAACACAAGACAGUGCCAGCCAGAAGAAUAUCAUGCUAGUGCCAUUGUUCAUCUUGAGGCUUGUCUUGGCAACAGUGCUGGUGGAUUGGAAGAGUUACAGGCCGUCUUGCUUCUCGCCAACUUUGCCUUGUUGAGGCCGGUUCCUCCCGGGCUGUGGUACAUCGUCGGUGUCGCCGUCAGGUUGGCGGUCGAUCUCGGCCUACACUACGAAGACGGUAAGGACAUUGAAUCCGGUCUAGGGAUGGGAGACCAGAGCGAAGCAUUCUCGCGGGAAAGGGGACGACGGGAGUACAUGCGUGAUCUACGACGGCGUCUGUGGUGGUGCACCUAUUCACUCGAUCGCCUGGUCAGUGUUUGCGUCGGCAGGCCAUUUGGCAUAUCAGAUCAAGUCAUUACCACAGAGUUCCCCUCUCUCCUAGAUGAUCGGUUCAUUACGCCAAGCGGCUUGCUUGAACCACCUCCCGAAGUAAUAGGACCGACUUACAAACUCAUCGCACAUCACUAUUUCCGUCUUAGGCUGCUCCAGUCAGAAAUUCUUCAAGUCUUGCAGUUCCAGCAAUCCCAGCUUGCGCGGGCCUCUGGGCUGAACCAGAAGAACCCUUAUAUGCAUACUUCUCUUCCAUCGCCGUUUCUGUCACAGUUCGAGACCUUCCGAGCAUGGCGCAUUGAUAUUGACAGGAGACUAUGGGAGUGGAAAAACUCUGCACCAGCAAGGCAGCAGACUGGCGUACAAUUCUCGCCUGAAUUCUUUGACCUCAACUACUGGCAGGCUGUCAUCAUGCUCUAUCGCCAGAGCCUAAGUGUGCCGGCCUUGUUCGAAGGUGAAUAUCACACUUCGAAGGAGGUCAACAGUCCCACAAUGUUCAACAUGGAGCUUCGGGAGGAUGAAGACCGCGUGUACCUCAAAGUCGCCGAGGCAGGUCAGCGUAUCCUGCGCCUUUACCGCCAAUUGCACCGUGUGGGCUUGGUCAACUACACCUAUUUGGCCACCCACCAUCUUUUUAUGGCCGGAAUAUCUUAUCUUUAUGCGAUUUGGCAUUCGCCUAUCGUGAGGAGCAGACUUACCGUAGACGAAGUCGACUUCACGAUUCUGGCUGCCAAAUCCGUUUUCACAGACCUGAUGGAUAAAUGUCCGCCGGCUGAAGCUUGUCGGGAUGCUUUUGACCGUACCGCCAAGGCAACCAUCAAGAUGGCAAACUCGACUGGAGGCUUCGGCCAAGGCCAGGAUUUGUCCGGCGAAUAUGGAAACAAUACUUACACGCGACGUCCUGGAGGAAGCAUUGAUCAGCGUUUCGACUGGAGCUCACAGAGUGAUUCUGCCGCUUCUAGCUUGCAACACUAUAGAAUGCAGCAGCAACAACAACAACAACAUCAACAGCAGCAGCAACAUCGCCAUCACCAACAACAACACCGCCACCACCCACCAAUGCUCCGAAAUCCUUCGUCACAGUACAGCGAUCUCGCUUCUGACGCCUACUCCGUCUCCUCAGCAUCCCAACUUUCUGCCUUCCAACAAGCCGCACAGUUCCGCAUGUCCGGUGCCGCCGCCGCCGCAGCCGCCAUCAAGAGCGAGCAGGAAGGUGGCUUCUCUCUCAUGCGAAACCUCCCGGCACCACCCCGAAGCAAUGCUAGCUCUAUUGCAGAAGGCGGACCAAUAGCUCAAAGCCCAGCAGGCGAAACCUCCAUCGAUCCAUCCUUGAUGCCUUCGCCAAGCGCCAUCCAACAACACCAGCAACGGCAAGGACAAGGACUUAAUAACCCCUUGACGCCGCCUGCUCCUAUGGGCGGAUCGCCCAUUACAGGGUCCACCCCGCAACAGCAACAGCAACAGCAACAACAGCAGCAGCAGCAGCAAGCAUACGCCAACAGUCCCGGCGCACUAAGCUUUAGCGACUUACAAGGCUUAGAGUUCUUGCAAGGUGUUGACGGCGGCGGCGCUGGUGGUAUGGACGGCAGUAAUGGGGGAGAUCUUUCGAAUCUGAACAUGAACUUGAACCCGGCUGAGGGGGUGGGGCAGAUGGACCUGGGCUUCGGCAUAGGGUGGGAAGGAAACCAUCAUGACUUUAGUGAUGGCCAGCAGUUGGAUCUGUUUGAGGGAUUCUUCUUUGGUGGGCAGCAGGGUGGUGGCGGUGGAGGGAGUGGAGGAGGGGUGGGGGGGAAUCAAGAAUGAGAGAAUGAGGUUGAUGAGGAUGGUUAGGUUGACGAUAUAUACCACGAGCAAGGCAAGGGGAGGAAAAAUUGGUAGAAUUAUUGUUGUACGAGACCUGUUGAUAUUAGGGACAUCUAC